CUUGUACUAUAUCAAACGAAUUGAAUAACAACAUAUGAUCGGGUCGUGUCAGUUACAAUACGAGCGUUAUUUUCGUAACUCCUGUCGUCGCACGGCUGUCGUUUUGUAUUACCGUCUUAUAAGUCUGUCUGAAGAGGGCAGGCGACUCACACGUGUUUGUUUAGACUGUGAAUCACUUUGAGGCGAAAGAAAGCACCUGCUUUCUGAAGAAAAAAAAAAUCCAAAUUUUUUUAAACUUUUAAAAAGAAUUUGAAUAGAAGUGUUGGCGGGUUAUAAGUGAGCAAUCAGCAUAAAACGAACAAAAAAUUUAGUAAAUAUUUGAAUAAUUACGAUAUUUGGAAAAAUCGAUACUUUUCUUCGCUAACGUAAACAUUACCGUGUACGAAUCCGCAGUCGUUAGUUUAUAACCGGUAUCAUCAUACUUGUAUACUUAAGGCGCUAUCAAAAUCUACAUGCAAUUAUCUAGUAGACGUUGAAUUGAUAGAGAAAUAGCCAUUUAGGUGGAUACUCGACGGUGUAGUUAUAUAAUAAACACUCGACACAAACUUCGAAGAAAUUUUGAAUAAAUCUUACGAUAUCCUUGGAUAGUUCAGCAAAGAUGUCGGUCAUGACGCCGGAGAAAUCAAUUUUAGCAUAUUUCAAUCACUUCAUAGUGAGCAACUUUUCAUAUUUACUUGAUGAGAUUGACGGAUAUUUGUAUUACUUCGGCGGUACGGCGGGUGUUAUCACAUUAACUGGCAUUGCAGCAGCGGCAACCUAUUAUUUAAAAUCCCGCCCCAUACCGGAAAAGCCGUUAGUGCCUCUGGAUAAUCAGGCGCCGAUCUUGGAGGGUCCUGAUCACAUACACGUUUCGAAAUUCUAUAAAGAAGCGAAGAAUGGCAAAUUCAUCAGUUACAUUACCGAGAACGUGCGAACGCUGUAUCAGACAUUUCGCGAAGGUGCCUACUCCUCGAACAAUGGACCGUGUUUGGGUUGGCGUGAGACUCUCACAUCACCAUAUCAGUGGAUCAAUUACGAUGAAGCGUUGUUACGCGCCAAGAAUUUCGGCGCCGGUAUGAUUGCUCUAGGUGCGCGUCCCAAACAAUUGGUUGGCAUUUACUCGCAAAACCGUCCCGAGUGGAUUUUAUACGAGCAGGGUUGUUACAGUUUCUCUUUGGUUGUUGUGCCGUUGUACGAUACGCUCGGACCGGAAGCGUGUGCGUUCAUCAUGCGCCAAACGGAAAUGUCAUUGGUUGUAGUUGAAGACGAUGCCAAGGCAUUGAUGUUGUUGGAGAAAGCGCCACCCACGCUGAAGAUCAUAGUCGCCAUCAAACCAAUACGACAACACACGUUGGAUCGUGCCCGGAGCCGUGGCAUACAGAUCUUCUCAUUCAUCGAUGUGGAGAAAUUGGGUGCCAAGGGCAAUCAUCCGGAAGUGCCACCGGUGUCCGAAGAUUUGUGUACCGUUUGCUACACAUCCGGCACUACAGGUAAUCCAAAAGGUGUGAUGCUCACGCACGGCAAUGUUGUUGCAGGUGUAUGCGCGGUGAUUUUGCAAAUGGGCGAACACCGUAUCCGAGCCGGCGAUGUAAUGAUAUCGUUCUUGCCGCUGGCGCAUAUGUUUGAACGUUGCUGUGAGAAUGGCAUCUACUAUGUGGGUGGAUGUGUGGGCUUCUACUCGGGCGACAUUAAGGAGCUGACUAACGAUUUGAAAAUGUUGAAACCAACCGUAAUGCCAGCGGUGCCGCGUUUACUAAAUCGGGUCUAUGAUAAAAUCCAAAAUGAGAUUGCCUCUUCGGCAAUCAAACGCACUUUAUUCAAUAUGGCGCUCAAGGCCAAGGAGAAAGAACUCGCACGCGGUAUUAUGCGUCGCAAUGGCUGUUGGGACAAGUUGGUCUUCAAGAAAGUUCAUCAAGCUUUUGGCGGCAAUCUGCGUCUGAUGGUUGUAGGUUCUGCGCCUCUGGCCGGCAACGUGUUGACUUUCAUGCGCUGCGCACUUGGUUGCUUAGUGUUGGAGGGUUACGGCCAAACCGAAUGUACCGGCGCCAUUUCGUUAACCGUACAGGGUGACUACGUGCCGAAUCAUGUGGGUCCACCGGUCUCCUGCAACGCCGUCAAACUUGUGGAUGUGCCGGAAAUGGAGUAUUUCGCCAGUCAAAAUACUGGAGAGGUAUGCGUUCGAGGUUCUAAUGUAUUCCAUGGUUAUUAUAAAGAUCCAGAGAAGACUGCCGAGGCAGUCGAUUCCGAAGGCUGGCAUCAUACGGGCGAUGUUGGCACAUGGCUACCGAACGGUACUUUGCGAAUAAUCGAUCGUCGCAAGCAUAUUUUCAAACUUAGCCAAGGUGAAUACAUCGUUCCAGAGAAAAUUGAAAAUAUCUACACGCUGAGUCAAUAUGUAAAUCAGGUGUAUGUCUACGGCGAGAGUCUUAAGAGCUGCAUUAUUGCCGUCGUUGUGCCUGAUGUGGAUGUUCUGAAGCAAUGGGCCAUCGACAAUCGUGUAAAGGGCACACUCUCUGUGCUUUGCAAUAAUCCACAGGUGAAAGAGCUAAUUAUGAGCGAUAUGCUGAAAUGGGGAAAACAGAGUGGCUUGAAAUCAUUUGAACAGGUGAAAGACAUUUAUUUACAUCCCGAUCCGUUUUCGGUACAAAAUGGCUUACUAACGCCGACUUUUAAAGCGAAACGGCCACAAUUGAAGAGCUACUUCAAGCCGCAGCUGGAUGAUAUGUACAAACAUUUAGAUUAGAGUCGAAAUAUAAUAGCAAACCGUUUUCUAAAAGCAUUGAGCUAAAGCUUAUCCGUGGAUAAUUUUGGAUUCGAACAAAGAAAGCACUGAUAGCCAAUUAAAGCACUGCAGGGAAUAAUGAACCAUAUCUGCAAUAUGAUAUUCCUACUCGAAAAAUGCAAUUCAAGAAUAAAAAGCUAAAAAGCAAAGUUUCACAAAAUUAAAAAAAAAAACGGAAAUUUAACUUCGAGGGGGAAAUUUAAUCAAAAAGCAAUUGCAAAAUACUUAACCAGAUAGCAAUUACCACUUAAUAUGUAACAGCUUAGCUGCAACUGAUUAUGUAUGAAACGUAGUCAAUUUACCUAAACUUAUUUAAAGAACAGAAAGUAAAAAUUAAUUUAAACUCCAGCAUAAAAAAAAAAUUCUGUAUUUAUACAUACAUAGCGCCCUUAACCAAUUAAAACGAAAUAAUACAAUUACAAUUACUUACGUAUUUGAGUAAACCAAAUAGCGGACACCUAUAAGUAUCUUAUAUUCGGAGGAUAACUUUAGGAUUCUAACGAAAAAUGCGAUCAAUUCAAAUAAUAAAUGAAAAUAUUUAGUUUAUUGUAGACUUGAAAUAUAUAAAAUGUACUAACAUAUUAAUUUCGAAUAAAAAUUACCGAUAAUUACUAUA